UCGAAUAGAAACUUGGCUCGUCAUUUUAGUGCCGCUUCUGAAUUCACAUCGUUACUUUUUGGUGUCAUCGGUGUUGUUGUUUCACUUUUGGUGCCAUUGGAGUUGUCGUUCUUGGCAUCAUAG